AUGGAGACUCCUACACAAAGCCUCUCUGACCUGGCCACCAUUGUCUCUAACCUCCCCAAGAUGAUGCACAGUUUCAUGGUAGAAACUAGGUCCUCCAUUAGGAAUCUGGAGAUACAGGUUGGACAGCUGAGCAAGAGGAUCCAAGAGAUCCCCUUCAACACUUUUUCCAGUAACACAAAAGUAAGUCCGAAGGAAGAGUACAAGGCCUUCAUGGUGGAAGCUGAGGCCGAACCCAAGGAGGAUCCUACUAUUGAGGAGCUCAAGGAAAUCAGAGCUCAUGAGGAGCCUGGGAAUGUCACCUUGCACGCCCCUCUGCAGAGAGAGGAGCCUGAAGAAUACCCCUCUUCAGACGUGCAAGAGGAGCCCAAGGAAGAGCAAAUUGCUCGAUUUUUGGGAAUUCUCAAGAAGCUGAAAGCCAAGUCCUCUUAUGCAGAGGCAUUGGAGAAGAAACCUCUUUCUAUGGAGCACUUGAAGAGCAUGAUCUCUGAAAAGAAAGCUCUGAGGGGAGAUGAGACUGUGGUACUGACCAAGGAAUGCAGGACCAUCACCUUUGAGAAGGCACUAUGCGGCCUUGGCUCAAGCAUUAACUUCAUGCCUCUCUCUGUGAUGAAGAGGCCAGGAAUUCAAAAUAUGCAGCCUGCCAAGAUCCUAUUGGAGAUGGCAGACAAGUCCCUAAAAAGGGCUUAUGGCAUGGUGGAAGAUGUCCUUGUAAAGGUUGAAGACCGUUACCUCCCUUCUAAUUUCGUGAUCCUAGACACUGAGGAGGACAGAAAUGACUCCAUCGUUCUUGGAAGGUUUUUCCUAGCCACUGCUAAGGCCUUGAUAGAUGUGGAAAAGUAA